CGGCUGAGCCGUGUGUGAGUGCGUGCCGUGUGCGGCUCUCGCGGAGGUCGUUCUGCCUGCGCGGGCGCGCGCGCUUGGAGCAACCGAGUCUCGUCAUCGGCCGGGCUCGCCGCAGCCGUCCUGCUCGUCCUUCCUGCGGGCUCGUUCGCUCCGACUUGUCGUCUGCAAACGCCGCCGCUUGGAUUCGCUGCUCCCUCGUGCUCGCCAAGUUCCCUUGGUUACCCCUUGGUUUCUGGUGGACGCAUCUCUCUUUCGUUCUUUUCUUGCCGCCUUCUGUAGUAGAGGUCAGUGCCGGCCGGGAGCAGCAUCCGGCAACACCGUGGGUUGAACUUCGCUUGCCUGCCAUCGGCUUGUGCCCUUUUGUUGAUAGCGGUGUCUCAGACAGAAGCUUUGGUGCGUGCGUGUGUUCUUAGCUUUCUCUUUCUCUCUUUUUCUGUCCGCCCGUUUCUCUCGCACUGCUUUUUUUGUGUUUUGUGUUUCGAACCUGCGUAUUGUGUGAAUUGGCCGAGUCGCGGGAGAUGUCGCCGAAAGUUCGCUGCUCGGACCGCGAACGCGGCACUUGGGUCUCAAAUGCCGUCAUCUGACUACAGCGUGUUGCGACGUCGACCUGUGCCCGUGGUGUCACGGAGAGUUUGGAUUACGUGCCCCAUUCCUCGACGGACGCGGAGUUGGGCACGGUGGUGAGCUGCGGCUGCUGCUCGCGGAACACGUGCCCACCUGCCCGUGGAUGACUGCCCCAGCACGGCGCCCGCCUUCCUCGGUGGCUGGCGAAGGACCAUGUCCAGGAGGGCACUGGGCAGCACCAGCGGCACCUACCACGUCCAAGCCUCCGAGUCAGCCCGUGACGCCAAGAGUGUCAAGACCCUCCGUUGCAUCGUCUUCUUCCUGGAUGACAGCCAGCAUACCUUCGAUGUUGAGAAACGAUCCAAAGGCCAAGUUUUAUUUGACCUCGUCUUCCGACACUCCGAGCUGGUGGAAAAGGAUUACUUUGGGCUGCAAUUUUCAGAAAAGGCAUCGGCCAUUGAUGGCAUGAGGUGGCUUGAUCCUGUAAAAAGCAUCAAAAAACAGAUGAAAGUUGGACCUCCGUACCUGCUUUACUUUCGUGUAAAGUUCUACGUUUCUGAUCCCAGCAAACUUCAGGAAGAGUGGACGAGGUACUACUUUUUUCUUCAACUCAAGAAGGACAUCCUAGAAGGGAGGUUGGUUAUCCCACCAGCCACGGCAGCUCUUCUUGCCAGCUACGCUGUUCAAUCUGAACUGGGAGACUACAAUCCUGAUGAUCACAAGCAUGGCUACCUGGCUGACAUGAGAUUAGUGCCUCAUCAAACGGAAGAGCUGGAGGAAAAGAUUGCUGAGCUGCACAAGCUGCACAAAGGCCAGAAUUCAGCAGACGCAGAGUUCAACUUCCUCGAGCACGCAAAGAGGUUGGACAUGUACGGUGUGGAUUUGCACAAGGCAAGGGUAAGGGACUCUACACAAGCUGAGAUUCAGCUUGGCGUGACGUCCUAUGGUCUCGUAGUGUUUCAGAACAACAUACGCAUCAACACCUUCUCCUGGGCAAAGAUAGUGAAGAUCUCAUUCAAGAGAAAACAGUUCUUUAUUCAGUUGAGAAGAGAAGGGACUGAAAGCUACGACAAUCUCCUCGGCUUCAACAUGCUCAGCUACCGAUCAUGCAAGAACCUGUGGAAAUCGUGUGUGGAGCACCACACCUUCUUUCGCCUGAACUUGCCCCGUCCAACCACCAAGCGGUUUCUCUUCAGCCUCGGUUCCAAGUUCAGAUACAGCGGCCGAACAGAAUACCAGACACUUGAAGACAUGAAGAAGAGGGGCCUAGAUGACCGGCCUUUUCUCAGGUCCCCCAGCAAGCGUUGCAUCCGACAGACCGUGCCAACGCCCACAGAUGCCCGCGACAAGCCGUCCAAAAGCCUGGCCCGAAUGAACGGGACGUCCAGCGCACAUGUGCGCCCCUACGACAGCUUCAGCCACAAAGUACAAAUUUCCGGGCCCGAGUACCUGCCGCGCAAAGCCUGGGUCGACGGCGCUCUGGAUGCCCAAGCAUUUACACCUGCCAUUCCUCCCAAGAUGAUUCGAUACGCUGACGACGACUCUCUUCCAGAGCUGAUAAUGGCGAACGGCUCGGCCGGCGCGGACGACGUCGGGCCCCCGCCGGUGCGCGUGUGCAUGCGUCCCGACGCCGAGGGCCGGUUCGGCUUCAACGUGAAGGGGGGCGCCGACCAGAGCCUGCCCAUCUUGGUGUCCCGGGUGGUGCCGCACACGCCCGCCGACACGUGCUCGCCGCGGCUGCGCGAGGGCGACCAGCUGCUGCUCAUCAACGGCCGGGACGUGGCCGGCCUGUCGCACGAUCAGGUGGUCAAGCUCAUCCGGGCGCCCAAGGACAAUGGAGAGCUCGUGCUCACCGUCAAGGCACAAGUACCCGCAGGCGAGCAGAUCGAGGAGCCCGACUUUCAGUACAUUCCGGACUCUGCAGUGGCGGGCCGGGGCAACCGAGCCGGCGGAGGAGCGCUGGCCGAGUCGAUGCUGCUCUUGGCCGAGGGUCUUGAGAGCGGCGCCACCAUCGCCCAGUUUGAGCAACUGUACCGCAAGAAGGCAGACUAUACUAUGAAAUGUGCCAGGCUGCCUGCCAACCUGUCUAAAAACCGAUACAGAGAUAUCUCCCCAUAUGAUGUCACUCGAGUCAUCCUUCAGGAAGGCACAUCUGGGGACUAUAUAAAUGCUAGUUAUGUAAAUAUGAACAUCCCCACGUCGGGCAUUGUAAAUAGGUACAUAGCCACACAAGGUCCUUUGCCCAACACCACGAUAGAUUUUUGGGAGAUGGUCUGGGAGCAGCAGUGCACUCUGGUGGUGAUGCUGACAACACUGGUGGAGCGGGGCCGCAUCAAGUGUCACAAGUACUGGCCAGACCUGUAUGAAACAGACACCUAUGGCCAUCUGCAGGUGUCCUGUGUACGACAGAAAGAAACGCCAUCCUUUGCUUUUCGUGAAUUCACCCUCAUAAACACACAGAACCGGGAGGAGCGGCACAUCACCCACAUGCAGUACCUAGCAUGGCCAGAUCACGGAGUGCCCGAAGAGGCCUCGGAAUUCUUGGGGUUCGUGCAGCGCGUCAGGAGAAGCAGGGACGGCAUGGUGGAGCCCACCGUGGUGCACUGCAGUGCUGGCAUUGGCCGCACGGGUGUCCUCAUCCUCAUGGAGACGGCCAUGUGCCUCAUCGAAGCCAACGAGCCUGUCUACCCGCUCGACCUUACACGUGACAUGCGGGAUCAGCGCGCCAUGCUCAUCCAGACCUCUAGUCAGUACAAGUUUGUUUGUGAGGCUAUCCUCAAGGUGUACAAUGAUGGUGUUGUCAAGCCUUUGCCUGAGUACCAGAGAUGCUUAACGACCACUGUCUGAUGAAAGGACAAAUCAACACCCGUCUUCUGUCAGCUUGUGCCAGAAUGCAAGGACUUGUUCAUCACCGACACAACUGCAGCACUGGUCCCCAUUUUGCCGCAUUCGCCCUCUUCUCAUGCGUUCAUUUCACAAGGCCCACCAUUUCUACCACAUAGCAGCACCACUACAAGUAUGAAGCUUGUGGACUGUGGAGUUUAGAAAAUCUAAACUUGCAUGAUGAAGAAUGACACGAAUUAGCAAAACAUCCACACAGUGUGUGUGCGGCCGCCCUGACUGCGUCAAGAGCCACGCAUGAGCCUCGCAGCAGAUGCUCCUACCACUUGCUGCGUCUAGAGUGUGCAUAUGAUGAUGACGUCACACCUACGCUGUGUGAAACAUUUUACAUUUUUCGUGACGAUGCGAGUGUCGCCGCUUCUCCCAGUGAAUCCUCGUCAUGUAUUUAGCACUCCAUCUUGAAAAGACUGUGCAAAUGUUAUUGCUGUCUUGCUGCUGCUGCAGCUGCUGUAUUUUUAUAGUGCCCUUUUUAGGAAUUUUUUUUUUUUUGUACAUAAUGGUGUGAACUUUGUCAUUGUAGAUAAAUGUUUGGAAACCCUGUUACCGUCCCUUCAUUCCUUCUGGCCUCCCGGUAUCAACGUGCACAUUUAUGUGAUAGAAGGAAAGCUAGACUCCCCGUCACCAUCUUAAGUUUAAAAAAGAGACUGCCAUCUUUUAUUUUGUUAUUUGUGUUCUUUUUUUUCAUUGAAGUGCCACGUUUUUCAAUUUCUCGGCAUGAGCAGGUCAUGUUGGUAGCUGAAAAGUUCUUGUUUCUAAAUGUACGUAAAAUAGGCAGCAAAGUACGGAGCAGUGUUAGUGGAAAAAUGCAGUGGUGCGUGCGAUGCAUUAUGAAUCCAAGUGAGUUCAUUCACUUGGGUUCUGGCAGCACAGCAAUGUCAUAUUACGUCGGUAAAGUAAAAGAACUGCUUUGAAAACCCUUGCUGCAGUAUAGCUGCUGCGAAAUAACACCAAGCACACGGAACUGCUCAUAUUGAGCAAGCAGCUUCCAGCUAUUACUCUUGAGCUCUGCAGGUUGGAAUGUGUUUCGUAUUCCAAUGUUCUUGUAUGGGCUAGUGAGCUCUCAAAAUAUAUAAACACUAUUCUGUGGCACUUCUCGUAUUCAAAUCUUCAGGCAUGCAGAAAAUGCACAAUCCACUAAACAUUGAAUAGAUAGUCCUGGAUUUCUUAUAUAUAUAUAGUUGUGACAAAGAUGAAACAGAGUUCAAAGCUAGCAGCCCAUCUGUUGUGCAGUAUUAAUUUCACUGCUCUGUGGAAUCAGAAAUUGAAUUCUGAAAAAUAUUGGCAGUUACAAGAUGUGGCACGUUGGGUGUAUAUGGGAACUCGUGAGUGUCAGGUGCACGGCACAAGUUGUAACACCUUGCUGUACAAGACAUACCAGCCAACUUCUGUUCAUUCGAGAAACUCCCACGAGAUUGCUGCAAUUGGUCAAAUAGUCCCCCUUGAGUGAAUCACAAGAAAAGGCAAAAACCCGUCCACAACAUGCGAUCACUUCCUUUUGUCAUGUAUUCCAAAACUGUCAGUUGCUGUUAUUAGACUCGAGAUGGCACGCUGCAAAAAGCAUCAGUGUGCUUGAACACCUCUUCAGCAUUGGCCUCUUCACAAGAAAACGCUUCUGCCGCAUCAGCUGUUUUUAGUAGGCUGUGCUUGGGAGAAUUGCCAUCGCUCUCUUCAUUGCCAAUGACCUUGGUGUUUAUGGAGCACACAAUUUCAGUGGGGGUCCAAGGAUCAUUAUUGAAAAGAAUUGUUUAAGAAGCUUCUUAAGAGAUGCUGCCAAAGGUUGUUCGAAAAUAAGUAUUUAACCUUAAUAACGUCUGCUCCUCUCAGUGCCAUCCAGACAGUCCGAGUGAUCACUCCCCAUUUGUCUUCCUUGCAUUCUCUUUUGCAGAGCAUACUUGCAUGCACAUUUACUCACCAGCUCGGCCUGGCACUUGCAAAUGAAUUGGUACAUCAAGUUUCACUGGAGUGCUCAUUCUUUUGGAAGUUCAGCUGUCUAAUUUAUUAAGUUAAAUAAUGGGUUUUGUUCACCACCCAUUGGCUAUUGUAGUAGUUCUGUGGCUAAACACACCUCAUUUCACAUCCAAUGGCUUGUCAGCUGCUUCAGUGCAGCUAAUCCACUGCCAAGGGUAGUGCAGUUACAUUGAGCACAUCUGCGAACAGUGAAUUUUCUAAUGCAUGUUUUAUUCGGCAUCGAGCUGAUAGAUGGCUCAGCCCAUGGGAGUGUUAUUGCAUCUGGCCAGCAUUCUCUGACAAGUGAAUUAACAUAACCAAAUUAAUCUAAAUGGAAGCCGUACUGUGUUAUUUUACAUAACUUGUGGAUCGCACAUGAGAAAAAAAAAGAAAUCAGAAUGAACAAGUACAAAUACGCAUUUUGUUAAGUUUGGCUUUAUUUCUGCUUAUAGAUUGCACAUUUUAUAGUGGGGAGCGAGUGCAGGCAUAAUCAAUAAGCCCAAGAUGUAGCACUUGCUGCUUCUGCCAUAGUUUGACAAAGCGAAAUGUGGCAUCAUUCCUAGUCUUUAGGCUUGCCUUAUUGAUUAAUGCAGAUAUGUGGGAAGAAAGCACAGGAGCCUAAUCAUUUUCCGAAUGCACAUGCACUUUCUUUGAGAACUUUACCACGUUUGUUUACUUUAAAAAAUAAUCUAAGUAAGGGUCUCCUAGAGGCUUCACUGAUAGUAGCAUCGACAACCUGGUGCUUCACAAUGUGCCCUGCACCACUCGCUAGAAAGUGCUUGCACUUUGUGGAAGUUCUUGGCUUGUAAGAAACUCUCGAACUGUACGAAAAGAUAUGUCUAUUCCCACUGCUUAACGCCUUUCAUCGAUCUUAAAAUUCUGCCCUGGGAUUUCACAAUUGGUGGUCGACGAAAUGCAGCAUGUGUACAGCCCGUGGUUGUAGCUGUGAGCCAGUUUAAAAAGUAUUGCAUCCAAAAAUGGGCAUGUCAAUGUCAAUGUAUGCAGGGCAGCCACUGAACCACUUGGUCAUAGUUGUGCCGCAGAAAUAUGACUAAACUUUGCACUUGGAGUCGACUUGCAUUAUUUCAAGCUCCUGCAGAACACAGCUUUUUCUUCGAAGUAUCCAUUGUUGAAUAUGACUUCAAAGAGGGUUGCACAUUUUUAUGCUAACAGGUGUGCACGUAUAAUUAACGCUUUCCUCUGCACAAUUGUAAACAAAGCUUGGAUGCAAGACUAAUGUAUGGUUCGUGAACGAACAGAGAGGAACAGUGUUUCCAUGCACACACUGACAGAUAUUGGAGCCACAAAUGCAUGACUGGGUGGGUCAGUUCGAGCCAUUUUGUAUUCAUGCUUGUCAGUACACAUAAUGGCCAGAGUAUGAAAUGUAGGCGUGUGUUAGCUUUCAAGCCUUGUUCACGACUGUCUCUACUGCUGUUUUUACUGCACGACUAUACCCUAAGAAGCCAAAAUGUCUGAACAGAAAACGUCACUUGAAUUAAGCAGCCUUGAAAAGCACGGAACACAGAGAGAGUCUACAAAUAUUUCAAGACUUUGUUCGAAAUUGAUAAGAGUUUUAAUUGCUGCCCGUUGGCUGUAUUUGCUGUGCCCUGCAAUGUAUUGGUGCGAUACUAUCGGCCAAAAAUGAAGUGCAUUCAGUAGAGACGGGCAACUAUAGGUCUGUAUUGUAGAUCUAAUGAAAUGCUGGAUUCCACAGUUCAGCUGGCUUUAUACAAGCUACUGUGGCCACAUCGUCAGGUUCAACCGCACUAGACCGAUGUCUCAUCACUGUGUUUGUUGCGCAGCAGCCCUCAUGUGAUAUGCCAAAUGGGGGUGGGGCAUUUGGUGUGCUGGUAAAUAGGUUGUGCAAUUGUUAGGUGGUGCUGCCACCAGGCUCUGAUAUUGCACCUGAUUUACAACCAUCUGGACAUUCUUUUUUAACACGAUAAAUAUGAAUGUCUGUGCAUGUCAAACUCUGUAAACUUGUGAGUCAUUUUCAAGGUCUUGGGCUUGCUCGUAUAUAAAAGAACAUCUAUUUUGUCUUUGUCAGUGAUUAACGUAUAUCUUCAAAAGCCUGUUUUUAUUAGUAUCAGUACAUCAUCAUUCUGGAUUAGUCGAAAACCUUCUAAUGCGUAAAUAUCUAGUGCUCUGGACGAAUUCUGGAUAAUCCAUCCUUUUUUUUUUCUUCCUUUUUUGUACUUUCCCCCAAUAAAUUGAGAUGGGAUGGACUGCUUUUGCAUACGUUCUUGUAAUGCCCAGUGGGAACUUGGUUUUAAGAGAAGUGAGUUGUUAUUGUUACAACUUUUUCAAUCAAUAAUGGUAGCAUUGUAGAGACCAUUGACGUAUGCUCUUCAGCACUUAACUUCAUGCCACAUUUCUACCGAUUUGUUAAGUCCAUCUAGUUCAUAGUUCAAAGUUCUUUCGUCCUCUUGCAUCAUUUACACAUGGGUUCCAAGCUUAGCUUCUUUGUUGCCCGCACAGAUGUGCUUGCAAAAUGUCACAGGAAUGAAAGUGUUGGAAGACUUGCUUUGUGUACCACAUUGCACUAGUGAUAAAAACACAAAAAAAGUCAAGGCAGUCUAUUUUGCACAGGUGUUCUCAAUGUUGUCUUGAUGUGAAUUUCCUAACGCCCUUUCUCCACACCCUCUUUGUAGCAGACUAUCGCAGUCAAGUACUCCGACAGGGUUACCUUGGCUGUGUAUUCCUACAGGAAAUGUUACGUACAGCAACCAAUGUCACCACCUUUUCUUUGGUCAUGCUUAUGGAGCAAAUACCAGAGAAGGUUCCCAUUAACUGCUCCUAGCCAAAAAAAAGCCAAGUGCCCAUGUUUGGUAAUUCAAAUAAGGAACCGCUUCUGCAAUGUCAGUAUCUCUUGCUCGUAAGGCUUUUCAUGAAUGGUGCACUGGUUUCUGUAGCCACAUAUCUGUACCACUGCCAUCAACCUCUUUUGUACUUGAUGUGUGAGCAUCCAGAGAAGAAAAAUGCCAAUUUUCAGAAAGCUUGAGUGAUAGUGAUGCUGAGCCAACAAAACUUCUGCUAUCUUAUCUACAAGAUGUGUUUGAGCCAAUGUUGUUUAGUGUAUGUGUACAACGCAUACUUUCCUGUCCUGACUAGUGCAUCCUGUACAUACUAUGUGCUUUGUAUGAUUGUGCGUGUGUGCAUAUGACCACUUAUUACAGCGGAACAUGAUGUAUGUUUUCACUUUCCAGUGUACCAUUCUUGUGUUUUCUUUUUAAUGAUCUAAAAAGCCCGCUUUCAACAUGUGGCCAUCUUGAACAGACGUCCACUCCUCGAGGAUAUUAAAUGCCACAGCAUUCUAAGCGAUGCAAAGAGGAGAAAGAAAUUAAAGAAGUUACACAAAACA